CACCUCCACUAAAGUCAGUAAUACUUUUCUCUAACUUUAAUUAGUUUAUUUAAUUUAAUAAAAUUAAUUAAAACCCCCAAUAUUAGCACUGACCCGCUUAAAUAUGCGUUUUAUAUCAUUGCAGGAGAUUUCUAUUUAAAUGUUUUCUAUCCAUUUAUCAUCAAGCUAGGAAUUAUCUACACUCCACCUUUUUUUUUUUUUUUUUCAUUUUAAUUUUCUUUAAUGAUGACUAUGUGACCAUGUCUUGUUGCUUUUGUCCCUUCAUUUCUUAAUUCGAAGGAAUUCAAUUGAGUUGGUUCAGAAAUAACUGCCUGCGCAUGCAUGAAGCUUUAGAGAUUGCAUGGAUGUCAGCUACUCUUUUAGGUUUGCAUGUUAUUGCCACUUUACAAGGCUGAAAUUUGACUGAGGGGUCAUAAUUUGAGUGGGAGCUAGCUACUCUUCCUGUAAAUUGCUUCCUAAGAAAUAGUAUUUGUUGAUGAUGGAUCUCCAAGGAGACCAGCCAUAGCUUUCAAAGGUAUUGAAGUGUCAGAAAGUGUGAAAGCAAUCUGCAGACAAGUGGGUCUUUUGAGUGAGCGUCAUCAAGAAAAACAAAUUUAUCUUUAGAGGAGAAAAUGAGCAUUAUCUUUACUGAAAGUCAGAUGGAAAGUGCCAUGUGGUGAGCUCAGAUGGGAGCACAUGGUUUCCUCUCAUUUCCAAGCACUCAGUCUGUGUAAACCAAUACAGGGAAAAAACUAUGGAGGUUUUGGGUUUUUCAAGAGAAUCAGUUGCAGAGAUAAACUUGAUAAACUUACUUGAUUGGUGUGGUAGGUGUUAGAAAACACAGAAACCCAGUUUUUUGUUUAAUUGGGGACUGUUGGGAACUGUGUAUUGAGUCUGUGAUGAGAGAACCCUUUAGUACAACUCCUCCAUUUUAUUUAGUAAUAAAAUACCUAAUAUAUUUGUUCUUCUCCUUACCUACUUGCUUCCUCAUUGCAAACUAGUUGAAUUAAUUUAGCUGCGGCUUCCUCUUUCCUCAAAUCUCAAAGCACAGCUUACAGCUUAAUUAGUUUCAUAUAUACUUCCUCCUUCCUGUUCAUGCUUUCUCAGACAACUGUUUAUCUGCAGUUUCUUCUUCAAAUCCCCCAUUCAGAACUUUCCUUUCUAGGUUUUUGUUAAAAAUAUUUGAGGAAACCUCAAAAUUUUGAGCCUUUCAUUUUUUUCCUGUUUUGAUCAAUUUUUUUUUUUAAUUACGAAAGAGGAUUUCGAACUCUAGAUCUCUAGCCUAUUAAUUUAACCUAGGGCUCUACCCACUUUUACCAUUGGGCUACUCCUGUGGCUCUUUCAUUUUGAUUUUUACAUACUAUUUUCUUGCUUAUUCUGGAGUUGAAAACAGGCAGACUACCACCUUUCUGCAAUAUAUAAUUUUGUUUCCAGAAUUUACCCUUUAGUAUUCUUCUCUACAUAUCUCUACCAAACUUAUAUUUACUGUACAAUAUUCAAAUCCAACGAAAAGGAAAGUUUUCUCUCCACUUACCCUAAUUUUUCCUUCCAAUAAUUACUUACUCAGGCUUGAGUAAUUCGUGGAGUUGGAAAAAUUACUUGAAGGUCAAAUGGCUACUCCUUUGUGGUUCUUCAGAUUUCCACCACCUUUGUUGCUUGUUCUUGCUCCAUUCCUUGUAUUGAUUGGAUUCAUGGGGUUUGGAUUCCUCUCCAUCUUCCUAACAUCUAUGGUACUGAUUUUCUCGACCUUUUUUUUCCCAUUUUCUAAGCAAAAACCUCUUCAUCUGGUUGAGAAUAAGUUAGUUGAAGAAAAACUGUUCAUUCCUUGCUUGGAAGAUGCAAAACAUCAAAGUGCUACCCCACAAGAGAAGGAUGCUGAAGAAGCACAACUGAGCUCACCGGAUUUGAUAUCAGAAAGUGAAUGCCUUGAUCACUUAUCAACCAGUGAUGAUUCUGAAUUAGUUGACUGGUCGUUUGGAGACAGUGUGGCUCGGAGCCCAGAUUUCUCAGAUGGCUCCAUUUCCGACGAGGAUAGCCUCAUCGAAAUAGCCCUCCCGGGUGGAUACUAUGUCGGUCACAAGGAGCAUGACUCAGUGGUUAACCUGCAGCAGAAAAUGCCAGGUCUGUCCAUUUUUAAGCAGCAUACUAUAUUGGAGCUUUUGGCUGAGAUGAAUGAGGAAGAAAAUUUGUUCGAAAUCGACUUAUCCAUGGGAUCCAUCAAGUGUUCAAGGUUUGAGAUUGAAGCUUGAGAGUUACCUUCUUCUUCUUUUAUUCAAUUUUAUGACCAUUUUUAUGUUUUUGAUCCUCCAUGGAUUUGGUUGAAGAUAAAGUUUACAACUUUA